AUGAUUCAUUAUACAAAUGACAAGGAUUCAUGUACCAUUGAGUUUGAUGGUGCUUCUAAAGGAAACCCAGGGAAGGCUGGUGCAGGAGCUGUUCUCCGUGCUUCAGACACAAGUGUCCUCUUCUAUUUACGGGAAGGUGUUGGCAUUGCCACUAACAACGUCGCAGAGUAUCGAGCUCUGAUUCUUGGUUUGAGGUCUGCUCUUGACAAAGGGUUUAAAGAUGUGCGCGUCCAAGGAGACUCAAUGCUUGUGGUUAUGCAGGUUCAAGAUGCAUGGAAAACCAAACACCCGAAAAUGGCUGAGUUGUGCAAACAGGCUAAGGAGCUCAAGAGCAAGUUCAAAACAUUCCAUAUCGAACACGUUGACAGGGAAUUGAAUUCUGAAGCUGAUAAACAAGCUAACUUUGCGAUUGGUCUGGCAUAUGGUCAAAAGCAAGUGAUUCCAGGCGGCUAG